AGUCGUCCGUAUCUUGUGCGACACGAUAGAAAAGUAUGUUAAAACUUUUCAACAGACGAUCUUUUAUUCACUUCCUCAUCCUCCUUAGCCAGUACCAACUAGGCUGUUUAGGACGUAGAUCUCAGAACAAUCUUCUAAGAACUUUAUCGUUCCUAACAAAAUCAUCUUGGAAUGAUAAUUCCACAGAAGAUAAUGAGCAAAAAAGUCAAUUGAAAUCUUCGUCUGGAGAGCAGUUUCAAUACGAAAAUGACGUUAUUCUAGAUGGUCAUAAACGUUUCCAUCUGUUUUGGAAUUUUGAUAACGUCUUAGAAGAAGUUACUUUUGAAAUAGAAGCAAAAAUAAAGAAGGAUCAAUUCUUUGCCUUUGGAUUUUCAGAUUAUGGAGAAUUUAUAAAUGCUGAUUAUGCUAUUUUGUGGACAGAUAAAGAUGGAAAACCACACUUUCAAGACGCCCACACUGAUCAUUCUGGAUUGAUUCAUGUGGAUAAAUCUCAAGAUUAUAAUUUGCUUAAUUUUACCACUAAAUCCAAUAAAGUUAUAUUAACGUUCAAAAGGUUCUAUGACACGUGCGACAACGACGAUUAUCUAAUAGAUUCCGGUACAACGCAUCUACUCUAUGCAGUUGGCAUAGGCCACCCAAGAUCUGCAGAGAAUAUUAAUAUAACUUCUCUAAGACCGUCCAUGACUAGAGUUCAAAUAAUUAAAAGUGAAUUAGUUGAUCCCGAAUUUCCAAAAGACACUGAAACUUUUGCAAUGACUGUUGAAAAUGUUAAAGUUCCUGCUGAGGAGACAACUUAUUGGUGUGUUGUUAAAAAACUGCCGAAUAUGUCGGAAAAGCAUCAUAUUAUUCAAUUCGGUGGUAAGAUUACGCCCACCAGCGAAGGAGUUGUUCACCAUAUGGAAGUUUUCCAUUGUGACGCUCCUCCUGGAGUAGAAAUUCCUCACUACGAAGGCAAAUGUAUUAAAGAGGGAAGGCCUAAGGGUCUAGAAAGUUGUAGAAAUGUUAUUGGAGCUUGGGCUAUGGGAGCACAGCCCUUAACUUAUCCAGAAGAGGCAGGAUAUCCGGUUGGAGGAAAAGAUUCUAAUCCUUACGUAAUGCUGGAGGUUCAUUAUAAUAACCCCGAUUUAAUUAGCGGUAUAGUUGAUAGUUCUGGCAUAGAGUUUCACGUUACGAAAACUUUGCGAAAGUAUGACGCGGGUAUCAUGGAACUUGGCUUAGAGUAUACGGACAAAUAUGCUCUGCCUCCAGGCUUGAACCAGUGGGACCUUGACGGUCAUUGUAUUCCAGAAUGUACUAAAGUGGGUCUACCGGAAAAAGGCAUAAAGGUCUUUGCGUCUCAGCUACAUACUCAUCUUACUGGAAGAAGAGCGUUUACAAAACAUUAUAGAAACGGAGUCGAAUUACCGGAAUUGAACAGAGACAAUCAUUACAGUCCACACUUUCAGGAAAUCAGGAAAUUGAAGAGGCAAGUCACUGUUCUACCGGGAGAUUCGCUAGUCACCACUUGUCAAGAUCAAACGGCCAAUAGAAGACGGAUUACCUUGGUACGCGGGUUUUUUUAAUAUAAUUUAUUGUUUUUCCAUUAUUUGCAGGACAAUUUUUUAUUCAAUAAUUCAAUAAUUUCUUGAAAACCUCUGACCAGACAUAAAUUAAACAAUCUAAAAUAACUUUGAAAUUUAUUCAGUACACUUCCGGCGUUUCUGAUUGGUUAUUAAAGGUAUUCUAAUUUGCUUAAAAUAUUCAGGGAGGAUUCGCUAUAUCCGACGAAAUGUGUGUCAACUAUAUUCACUACUAUCCGAAAGUAGAUUUAGAAGUUUGUAAAAGUUCCGUAACAACAGAAAGCCUAUACAAAUAUUUUAAAUAUAUGAAUGAGUAAGUCAGAGAGCUUUUUCCUAGAGUUGUUAAAUAUUCAAUAGUCUCUUAGAUACGCUUGGCAACCGACAUCACCAAACAAAGGCAUAUCAGACAACUAUAAAUCGAUAGAAUGGAGUCCAGCAAAUAUAGACUUAUUAAGAACAUUUUACAUCGAAUCUCCUUUGUCGAUGCAAUGCAACAAAUCAGAUGGAACUAGAUUUGAGGGCGAAUGGGAAGGGCAGAAAAUCCCUGAUAUCCUAUAUCCGAUACCGCCGAGAGAAAGACCCUGUUUAACAUAGACUAUUUAUAGAUGCUUCUAAUUAGAUAAAAUAGUAUAAAUGAAAUACAUAUAUGAGUAUUCUAACUUUUGAAAUUGCGUG